AUGGUUCAGGGCCUGUUCUUCUCGGUGACUGGAGUGGCACUACUCGACCUGGCCGACGUGUACGGCACCGAUGUCGGCAGCGUCGCGCAACUAGUCACCACGCGCGGUGUCGGUAUUCUGGCGGGCAGCUUCGUCGGAGGCCACCUCUACGACCGGCUCAAUACGCAGCUGCUGAGUGUGCUGUUCACGGCGCUUACGUCGGCCAGCGUGUUGGCAACGCCACUGUCCAACCAGCUUCUGUACGCCCACGGCACGUCCGUGCUGGCUGGAUUUUCCAUGGGCGCCUUGGACACCGGUGCGAACGUAUGGCUCAUCAACUUGUGGCCUUCCGGGUGCGGUCCGGUGCUGCAAGUGUACCACGUCGCCUUUGGAGUGGGCGCCUUCGUAGCGCCGUUCGUGGCCGAGCCCUUCCUGUCCAGCAACAUCUCUUUGGCUGCAAACGACACCCUGUCCGACGGCCUUGGCGGAGAGACCCUCCUGAGGGAGACGCAACUAUCGUUCGCAUUCGGCAUCGUAUCGGGAUUCAUCGGGCUAGUGGCGGCUUCUAUGUUCGUUGUGUACCUCGUGGACCGAUCGGACUGCAAGCCACCAGGAGACGAGCGGUCGAGCCAGGCUGUGAGCGACCGCUUCGCCCUGGUUGCCCUCUUGGGAUGCUACGUUAUGGUGUACUUGGGACUGGAAUGCUCGUACGGCCAGAUGCUGGCAACUUUCGCCGUGGAGAGUGAUCUUCAGAUGACUAAGUCCGAAGCAGCCUAUUUGACGUCCCUUUACUUCCUCACGUUCACAGUGGCCAGGAUUGGUUCCGUGCUUUGGUCGAUGCUUGCUGGACCCUCUUGCAUCCUGAUCACCUGUCAAGUGCUCACCGCUGUCACGUUCACGCUGUUGACGGUGUUCGGGGCCUCCUCAGCCACCUGGCUCUGGACUCUGUCCGGCUUUGCGGGCGUUUCGCUUGCAGCGAUUUUCGCCGCGGCUGUGUCCUACGCCGUCCAGUUCGUCGUCAUGACCAACAGGCUGAUGUCGAUGGUGACGGUGGCUGCUUCCCUAGGGACCAUGGUGCCACCGCUCUUGGUCGGCCUCUUCAUUGAGCGAGACCCCGUGAUUUUCACGUACGUGUGCUUAGCGGCUGCCCUCACAAUGAGCGCACUUUACUUCGCUAUGUACCUGGUCACCAGGGGCAAGCCUUUAGUCACCACGGACAUUUCAGCACAACCGGGACACCGCGUCGGCUAGGCUGCGCACAACAAGCGCUCUUUCCAAAGAGCCAUACUUUUUUACGUGAUAGUAUGCCGUUUGUGCGCCACGGCAAGCAUGUUUUGCUUUUUAGUGACGCUUUCCUUCCAAGCACUUCCGGUUUUCCGAAUAUACAUUCAAUAUAACCCGAAAGGGUUAUUUUGGA